UGACGAAAUCUUGAAGCUUCAAUUUGUUAAUCUUAUCGCAUCUUGCCUUUACUCUCUAAACCCAGCUUCUACUUGAUUUCAUAGCUUUGGUCCGGACAUAUUAAUAUUUGGUUCCAUACGUCUGAUGACAAAGCUAGUGAUUGAGCCAUCUGGCUCCUCGAACAUCCCAAAUUGACAUCAUAUACACCCAGCGCAUCAUCUUCAAAAUGCGCGCCACCACAGUAUGUCUAUCCAGAGGCUUCUGGGCCCGAAGUCUCGACGAAUUUAAACGCCUCUCGAAUAUAGCAUUCAACCUCGAAGGCAUAAAAGGCCCCUCCGGCCCCCUCCCCCUCCACGACUUCCACCAAGCCGAGCGCCUCAAAGAAUGCAAAGUAAUGUCCGACGCCGACAUGGGCGGCUUCUCCAAAGCAGCACUCGACCACAUACCCUCCUCCUACGACAACCCAAACGGCCACGCACAUUUCCACGGUAGUAUAUCAACCGCCCUACCCCCGAACCGGCCCGAGAUCCAAAGGUCCGGGUACGCCGGAUGGCGAACACUAGAUAGACCGCCUACGAUCUUCGGCCGCGCGGUCUGGAAUAUCGAUAUGUACACAUACUUGGGUAUGCGUAUAAAAUCGGACGGGCGCGCGUAUUUAGUAAACGUGCAGACGGAAUCCGUGGUCCCGACGGAUUUACACCAGCACCGGUUAUUCGCGAAGAGGCCGGGGGAGUGGGAGACGGUGUAUAUAAAAUGGAACGACUUUGUGCGGACGAACCAUGGUUUUGUGGUCGAGCCGCAGACCGAGAUGUUGCGGCAGAAGGUCAGGUCUAUAGGUGUUGGACUUACGGAUAGAGUGCCCGGGGUGUUUGACCUGUUUGUGGAGAGGAUUUGGGCGACGAAUAAUCCGAGGGAGGGGGAGGGAGAGGAUAAGCACGCGCUGGAGGUCAAGGAGGGGCAGUUGAAGAAUAAACAGGGGAGGCAUAUUAAUUGGAGUGAUAAAUAAAACCUCCUGAGACUGGGAUUUCCCGAGGGUUUACAAAGUUGAGCGACCGGCCAUAUAGAUUGGUCAGAGGAAUGGGUCCCCAAUGCAGUAAAGGGCAUACCAAUGUUAUCGCCAUUAUAGGUGGCUUGGAUGUGAUGAAUGUAAAUAUCAUGGAAUCAUGAAGAUCAUAUAUGACGAAAGGAGGUUUCUAAUCGGCGCCAAAAAGGGGAUUAACCAGGUAAUCCAGCUACGUGGUGUACAAAAUGAAGAACUAAGAAAUUCCCCAUCAAA